GUGCAGACAGAGCUGCAAUCACUAGUAUACAGGAUGGCUCUGAACAUUGCUACGACUCUUCUCCUGGCUACAGGACUCACUCUCUUAAUUUAUCUCAUUAAAUGGUGGAGUGGGGUCAAACUCAAGAACCUACCCCCAGGACCUACACCUCUACCAGGCUUGGGGAAUAUCCUUCAGAUCAGCGCCUCAGAACUACCACAGUCUUUAGUCAAGUUGAGUGAGAAGUAUGGACCUGUCUAUACCGUCUACAUAGCCAACCUACCAAUGAUAGUACUGAUUGGGUAUGAUGCUGUGAAGGAAGCAUUGGUGGACCGCAGUGAUGCAUUUAGUGACAGGGGAGACAUUGGAGCAGGAGCAAUUUUCACUAAGGAUUUUGGGGUUAUUGCAAGCAAUGGAGAAAGGUGGAAAAUUAUUCGCAGAUUUUCGCUGACAACUUUGAGAAAUUUUGGAAUGGGAAAGAGGAGCAUUGAAGAAAGAAUCCAAGAAGAAGCCCAACGUCUUGCUGAUAAAUUUAUGAAGGAAAAGGAUACCCCAUUUGACCCAACAUAUAUAUUACGAGCUGCUGUUUCCAAUGUCAUUUGCUCAGUUGUGUUUGGUGAAAGAUUUGACUAUGAAGACAAAAAAUUCUUGACUCUCUUGUCAUGUCUUCAUGAAAUUUCUAUAUUGUUCAACAGCCGUUCAGGGCAGCUUUUAAACAUGUUCCCAAAAAUAAUGCCCUACAUUCCUGGUCCUCACCUGAAGCUCUUUAAAAUUAUGGACAAAAUCAAACAAUUUAUUAAGGAUAUGGUGAAAACCCAUCGAGCCACCCUGGAUAAAAAUUACCCUCGUGAUUUCAUAGACUGCUUCCUCAUGAGGAUGGAAGAGGAAAAAAAGAAUCCAGACACCGAAUUUCACGAUGAGAACCUAAAUGGAACAAUAUUAGACUUAUUCUUAGCUGGAACAGAAACUACAAGUUUGACAUUGAGAUAUAGCUUUCUUAUACUCUUGAAAUAUCCGGAAAUACAAGAAAAGAUCCAUAAAGAGAUUGACAAUGUAAUCGGGAAAGAUCGUUGUCCAUCAAUAGAAGACAAGAGUAAAAUGCCGUAUACAGAAGCUGUAAUCCACGAGAUCCAAAGAUUUGCUGAUAUUGUCCCUUUAGGAGUUCCCCAUUCUGUCAGCAAGAACUCAACCUUCAGAGGAUAUGACAUUCCAAAGGGUACCAUGGUGAUUCCACUCCUGACCUCUGUCUUGAAAGACUCAAAACAAUUCAAGAACCCAGAUGAAUUUGAUCCUGGACACUUUCUCAGUGAAAAUGGUUCCUUUAAGAAAAACGAUGCAUUCAUGCCAUUUUCUACAGGUAAACGUAUAUGUAUGGGAGAAGGCCUGGCUCGCAUGGAGCUCUUCCUGUUUCUAAUCACCAUACUGCAAAAGUUUACCUUGGAGCCUACAACAGACAGAAAGAAUCUCAGCAUAAGACCAGAGCCCAACACCAACGCUUCGAGACCUCAUUCAUACCAGAUGAAGGUUGUGCCUCGUUCCUGAGCUUAAGAUGAACUUCAUGCAUAAAGGAAACCUAGAAGAUCUAGAACUUACAAACAGAAGGCAGUUCUAAUUUUUGAAAACUAUCAAUUGAAAAAAAAUUGAAAAUCUAAUUUUUUUAAAAAUUCAUAUAUUCUUUCUUUCUUUUUAGCACUGGUCAUAUCUGCAUGAAUGUACACCAUAUAAUACAAUUCUCAUAUUUUGUAACUAUUUAGUGUUUAUAAAAAAUCAGACUGUA